CACAAACAAACUGUUGAAAUCUAGUUAAUAACUGACCUCGAUACCAGUCAUGGCUUUGUGGCUCUGUACAGCGAAUAGAAUACCAUUAUUUGUGGUUUUGCUGCUUGUGUGCCUCUAUGGAACACAUUUGUCGUGUGGAUAUUUCACCUCAUAUGUUGCCGACGAAAAUAACAAGAAUUGUUUUUGUGAGUUGGAGGGUUCUAUAAAUGAUUGUGGCUGUGAGGUGGAUACGGUGGAUCAUUUCAAUAACAUUAAAAUCUAUCCCCGACUAAAAAGUCUGUUGGUGAAAAACUAUUUCCGCUUCUUCCGAGUGAAUUUAAAUCGAGACUGCCCCUUUUGGCCAGAUGAUAGUAAGUGUGCAAUGCGUUUUUGCCAAGUGGAAAAUUGUGAAGAACAGACAAUACCACCGGGCUUAAUGGAACAUGGAGAUAAUCAUCCAUUUAUGAAACCAACGGCAUAUAAGUAUUCUGAAGCAGCACAAAAUGCAGACUGUUCGGAUGCCGAUGACUUUAGCAGCGUACUUGGCAUUAUCGAUACCAGUAUUAGCGAUCAGGCACACAAAGAAUUCGAACUAUGGGCCAAACAUGAUCAAGCCGAAGAAGAUUUUUGUAUUAUCGAUGAAAAUGAUGAAGGCAGUCAAUAUGUCGAUUUACUAUUAAAUCCAGAACGUUAUACGGGUUAUAAAGGCGAAUCGGCACAUCGUGUCUGGAAUAGCAUCUAUAAGGAGAAUUGUUUUGGUGUACAAAAUCGUAGCAAUACAUUUUCCGAUUACUUGGCUCAAAUCGAUUUACACAAAAUGUGUUUGGAACAGCGUGCCUUUUAUCGUAUUAUUUCCGGUCUACACACCAGUAUUAAUAUACAUUUAUGUUCGAAAUAUUUACUCUCGGAAACGAAAGAUUUCCUAUCACCGCAAGGUGUAUGGGGGCAUAAUAUUCAAGAGUUUAAACGUAGAUUUAGUCCGGAGACAACGAAUGGUGAAGGACCACAUUGGUUGAGAAAUUUAUAUUUUAUCUAUUUGGUGGAAUUGAGGGCUUUGGAAAAGGCAGCACCCUAUCUGAGAAGGGAGAAUUUUUACACGGGCAUUGUUGAGGAGGAUCAGGAGACCAAAAUGGCCAUUAAUGAUUUGUUAUCCGUGAUAGAGUCAUUCCCAAAUCAUUUUGAUGAGAAUGCCUUGUUUUCGCACAGCCCUCAGGGCAUACGUUUUAAGUAUGAAUUUAAAGAGAAAUUUAGAAAUAUUUCUCGCAUUAUGGAUUGUGUUGGUUGUGAUAAGUGUAAAUUGUGGGGCAAAUUACAGACUCAGGGAUUGGGUACAGCUUUAAAAAUAUUAUAUUCAGAAAAAUUAAACAUUGCCACCGAAAGCGGUUUAUGGGAGAAACCACAUAUUGAAAUUGAUCCCAUUUUCCGAUUGAAGCGCAGCGAAAUUGUUGCAUUAUUCAAUGCAUUUGGAAGACUCUCUAAUAGUAUUUACGAAAUGGAAAACUUUAGAAAAUCUCUUAGAUAAUAAGAGUUACAGUGAUAG